CCCUCCCGCCCAAGCUGCUGGCGUUGCUGUGGCAGGGGAGAUUCCUAGUGAGUCUCGGUGUCUCUGUGCCAGGCUUUGGGGCUGCUGGGCCUUGCCCUUGGCCGAAGGAAUGGAUGGGCUAGUAGAGAGUCAGUGGCCCUCUCUCAGGCAGGAGGUGAAAAGGUGCGCCCUGGUGUCUGAGCUCCACGGGGAUAAGUCCCAUGGUGAUGACAUGGCAUCUGCUAGUUCCAGCAGGGCUGCGGCAGGGCUGGCCUGUGAGAAGUCCCAGCUCACUGUGAAAGUUGUGUCGGUGAAGCCCAAGGUGCACAGCCGCCAGUCCCGGAUCAACUCCUACGUGGAGGUGAUGGUGGAUGGACUUCCCAGCGAGACCAAGAAGACAGGGAAGCGGAUUGGGAGCUCUGAGCUGCUCUGGAACGAGAUUCUCCUCAUGAACGUCACAGCUCAAAGCCACCUGGAUCUGAAGGUCUGGAGCUGCCACACCCUGAGGAACGAGCUACUGGGUACGGCUUCCAUCAGCCUGUGUAACAUCCUGAAGAAGAAUGGUGGGAAAAUGGAGAACACACAGCUGACCCUGAACCUGCAGACGGAGAACAAAGGCAGCGUUGUCUCAGGCGGAGAGCUGACGAUUUUCCUGGAUGGGCUGACUGUUGAUCUGGGAAGCUUGCCUAAUGGCAGUGCCGUGACAGAGGGAUCCCAGUUGCCUGGGAGGGAUCCCAGCAGUGUGGUUCCGGCUACAGAGAGCAGACACCAGCCCCCCAGCACAAACUGCUUUGGAGGUAGAUCCAGGACACACGGAAAUUCAGCUGGAGCGGCCAGACAGAACGCAGGGAAUGGAGACCACCAUCCCAGCACCAGGGUCCACCACCAACAGCAAGUCAAGAGUCCAAGCACAGCAAAUGGCACAGUGAAUGGGGACUCUGCUGGUGCCACUGACACUGAAGAGGAAAGGUCUGUGGUGGGAGUGACCUCGCCACCUGCAGCAGUGUCAAGCGAGACCCCCACCCUUCCUGCUCCAUCCGUCCCUGGGGAGCCAGAGGAGCCAGCCCCUGCCUCAGGCACCCAGUCACCUCGGCCUGCAGCGCAGGUCUUGGAAGCUCUACCACCCGGCUGGGAACAGCGAGAGCUACCGAACGGGAGGGUCUAUUAUGUGGACCAUAACACCAAGACCACCACCUGGGAGAGACCUCUGCCUCCAGGCUGGGAGAAGCGAGUGGACGACCGGGGCAGAUAUUACUAUGUGGAUCACAACACCAGGACCACCACUUGGCAGCGUCCCACAGCUGAGUAUGUGAGGAACUACGAGCAGUGGCAGACGCAGCGAAACCAGCUCCAAGGGGCCAUGCAGCAGUUCAGCCAAAGAUUCCUGUACCAGUCGUCUGGUGCCCCGUCUGACAAUGAUCCUUUGGGCCCCCUUCCUCCCGGCUGGGAAAAGAGACAGGACAACGGGCGAGUGUAUUACGUGAACCACAACACGCGGACCACCCAGUGGGAGGAUCCUCGCACACAGGGGAUGAUCCAGGAGCCGGCCCUGCCACCUGGCUGGGAGAUGAAAUACACCAGCGAGGGGGUGCGCUACUUUGUGGAUCACAACACUCGCACCACCACCUUCAAAGACCCACGCCCCGGCUUUGAGUCUGGGAAUAAGCAGGGGGGUUCCCCUGGGGCUUACGACCGAAGCUUUCGCUGGAAAUAUCACCAGUUCCGCUUCCUGUGUCAUUCGAACGCGCUGCCCAGCCACGUGAAGAUCAGCGUUUCCCGGCAGACGCUCUUUGAGGACUCUUUCCAGCAGAUUAUGAACAUGAAGCCCUAUGAUCUGCGGCGCAGGCUGUACAUCAUCAUGCGCGGCGAGGAGGGGCUGGACUAUGGCGGCAUUGCCAGGGAAUGGUUCUUCCUCCUGUCCCACGAGGUGCUCAACCCCAUGUACUGCCUGUUCGAAUACGCCGGGAAGAACAACUACUGCCUGCAGAUCAAUCCCGCGUCCUCCAUCAACCCCGACCACCUCACCUACUUCCGCUUUAUCGGCCGCUUCAUCGCCAUGGCGCUGUAUCAUGGAAAAUUCAUUGACACUGGCUUCACGCUCCCCUUCUACAAACGCAUGCUUAACAAGAGACCCACGCUGAAGGACCUGGAAUCCAUUGACCCCGAGUUCUACAACUCCAUCGUCUGGAUCAAGGAGAACAGCCUGGAGGAGUGUGGCCUGGAGCUGUACUUCAUCCAGGACAUGGAGAUUCUGGGCAAGGUGACAACACAUGAGCUGAAGGAAGGAGGGGAGAGUGUCCGGGUGACGGAGGAGAAUAAGGAAGAGUAUAUCAUGCUGCUGACAGACUGGAGGUUCACGCGGGGCGUGGAGGAGCAGACCAAGGCCUUCCUGGAUGGCUUCAAUGAGGUGGCGCCGCUGGAGUGGCUGCGGUACUUUGAUGAGAAGGAGCUAGAGCUGAUGCUCUGCGGCAUGCAGGAGAUGGACAUGAGUGACUGGCAGAAGAACACCAUCUACCGGCACUACACCAAGAACAGCAAGCAGAUCCAGUGGUUCUGGCAGGUGAUUAAGGAGAUGGACAAUGAGAAGAGGAUCCGGCUUUUACAGUUCGUUACAGGGACCUGCCGCCUACCAGUUGGAGGAUUCGCAGAGCUCAUUGGCAGUAAUGGGCCACAGAAGUUCUGUAUCGAUAAAGUUGGCAAAGAGACGUGGCUGCCCCGGAGUCACACCUGCUUUAACCGCCUGGAUCUUCCUCCCUACAAGAGCUAUGAACAGCUGAAGGAGAAGCUGCUGUAUGCCAUCGAGGAGACAGAAGGCUUUGGCCAGGAGUAAUGGAGCUUGCUCCUUCCCCAGCAUGCCCCGGCCGGCCCAGGGCAGAGCAGCGCCUGGAGCAGGCUACAAGCUGGGUGCUCUCGCUCUCAGGGCGGGCAGAAAGCGCCCGUCACUGAGCAGUUUGUCUCCCUCCCUCCCUGGGAGUUUGUCUGUCACUCUUGUUCCUGUGUUAGGCUUGUGCCAAUGCAGCCCAAUGGCAGACGGGCUGCCCCCCCACCUCCAAAGCAAGCCCAAGGUGUAAGGGGGGAGACGGACCCAAGAGCCCGCCCCUAUGCCGCUACUGAGGGGGAAUGAAGCAGAUGGCUGGGAGGGGACUGGAUCACUGGGCCCUUGCCACAUGGUGCCCUCCCGGGGGGGCGGGCCCUGUACAAGUUCCAGUCGCUGUCCAACUGCAGCCCAGUGGCCGAGCUCCAGACACUUUGGGGUCUUUGGGCCUGCAGCAGGGACCCCCUGAGAGACAGCGGUGUCCCCACAAGGCUGGGCAGUAGUGAAGACACCUUCCCCCUCCCCGAGCCACCUUGCACCAAAGAAGUGUGUGCAAUUGUUACCUCUACCACCUGGAAAACAGGCAUUGAACGUGUUCGAAUGAAUGAAUGAAAAGCGGAGAAUUCCGAACAAACCCCGUGAUUUCCUGCAGUGUGUCUUUCCUUUGUUAGUGCCACAGAGCGUUUAGCUGUGGCCCUGCGUCCCUUUGGAUUGAGGCUGCUCACUGCAGCAACAAGAGGCCGGAGCUCAGGACCGGCCUGAGACAGCAGGGCUGGGUGGGCACUUCUGUCUGUGGAGCUCCUGCCAGGGCCUAGCGCUGGACAGAGCUUUUUAGAGUUAGCUGCAGUCAAAUGAACAGGGAACUGCUUUUUAAGUGUCAUUUUUCACUUCUAUUUUUCCUGGUGUAUCGAUAAAGUAGCUUAAACUCCUACUCAGGUGGUCCAGGGUAGUGACAUCCAUGAGCCCAAUCCUGCCCCCACAGAGGCAAUGGCAAAACUCCCAUUGACUUCCCGCCCAAUGAGCAUGGGGUGCCCUUUUCCUUUCAGUUGUGCAGUAACUCAUGGGACCUUUGUCUCUGCACAGGUUCGGAACUUUGCCCCGAAGGAGUGAGCAGUGGGGAGGGCCGCCAUGAGGCAGGGCAGGCUGGACACCAGCCUAGGCUUUGUGUCGUCUGCUUUGAUUUGCAAGUGUCGGUGGCCCGCCGGGCUCGUUCUUUAACUAUUUAAAUGGAACGUAUUGCUAGGUCGUGGUGAUGCUCUUCAGUAGGAUCCUAGAGGCUCACUAACGUUUUGUACCGACAAUGCGUCGUUCUCUCUCGCUCUGGUCCUGUGAAACGGGCUCUUGAACCGCUGAAACGAGCCGGUAGCUUUUUUAAGCAGUGACCCCUCCAGACUUGCCCUGAGGGCGGCUGCUGAGUGCCCAUGUGUAAAGAGCUCGUGUGGCCUUUGCUCGGUCUGUGGGGUCAAGUGGAAACUCUUGGCCUGAUUCUUCUGUCACAAACUGUGGUGGAGAUCAGAAGCCCUUGGAGUUACGCUGCUGUAAGUGAGGGCAGAAUCCAGCUCUCUGCCAUUUGCCUUGAUGUUGUUUCCUUAUUCUACAACCUCUGCUGCCCUAGGCUGCUGCCACAGGGAGUUCACCCUUCCAAGGCUUGACAACAGCAUUGGCCCAAGUGUUGGUGUGCACGUGGGGGGCGGGCCCCAUGUGCGUGUGAGAGCAUCUGUGUACAUAGCUAUAUAUAAUGAAGUCUAUGGAUACAACAAAUUGCAAUAGCUUUUGAGCAGUAACCUUGAUAGUUUUGUACUGCACUUUCCUGCCUCAGUGAUGCCAAUUUCUUGUGCAAUAAACGAUCAGCAGCUGCU